GUUUACACACACACACACAAAACACAAGAACAGCUAAGAAACAAAAAAAUAACAAAAGAGUUUUCUCUCUACAUAUAACACGAGUUCUUGGCAGAUCAACUGUUUAUUUCUUUUCUCCAUAUACGUGUUCAUCAAUGGCGGCUUCUCACUAAACCCAUUUGCCUCUUUUUUUUUAAAGGAACCCUUUUUAUAUUAUAUAUAAAUUGGCGCAUACUCUUACACUCUCUCUCUCAACGAAAGUUAACGUUUUUAUUUCCACUUUUGUUGGAGACUCGUCAUGGAAGCUGCAGAGCCCGUCAAUGGCGGAUCGGUACAGAUCCAAAACGAGAAUACGUCUCGAAAGCUUCCAAAUUUCUUACAGAGCGUGAACAUAAAAUACGUCAAGCUCGGUUACCAUCACCUCAUCAAACAUCUCUUCAAGCUCUGUUUGGUUCCGUUAAUGGCUGUCAUGAUCUCAGAGAUCUCGCGUUUGACGCCAGACGACUUUCACCAGCUUUGGCUUCAUCUCCAGUACAAUCUCGUCUCCUUCAUCCUCCUCUCGGCUUUAGCCGUGUUCGGCUGCACCGUCUUCGUCAUGACCCGAUCCAGAUCCGUUUACCUCGUGGACUACUCUUGUUACCUCCCUCCGGAGAGCCUUCAAGUCCCGUACAAGAAGUUCAUGGAUCACUCUAAGCUCAUCGAAGACUUCAACGACUCUUCUCUCGAGUUUCAGAGGAAGAUUCUCGAGAGAUCGGGUUUAGGAGAAGAGACGUAUCUCCCUGAGGGUUUGCACUGCGUCCCUCCGCGCACCACCAUGGUGGCGGCGCGCGAGGAAGCAGAGCAGGUCAUGUUUGGUUGUCUCGACAAACUCUUUCAGAACACCAAAGUUAACCCUAGGGAUAUAAGUGUCUUGGUCGUGAACUGCAGCUUGUUCAACCCGACUCCUUCCUUAUCCGCCAUGAUUGUUAACAAGUAUAAGCUUAGAGGGAACGUCAAAAGUUUCAAUCUAGGUGGGAUGGGAUGUAGUGCUGGUGUUAUCUCUAUUGACUUGGCUAAAGAUAUGUUGCAAGUUCAUAGGAAGACUUAUGCUGUUGUGGUUAGCACGGAGAACAUUACUCAGAACUGGUAUUUUGGGAACAAGAAGGCGAUGCUGAUCCCGAACUGCUUGUUUCGGGUCGGUGGGACGGCGGUUUUGCUUUCCAACAAGGCUAGUGAUCGUAGGCGGUCCAAGUACAUGAUGGUUCAUACGGUGAGGACUCAUAAAGGAGCUAAUGAGAAGGCUUUCAACUGUGUUUACCAAGAACAGGACGAUAAUGGGAAGACGGGCGUGUCUUUGUCGAAAGAUCUUAUGGCUAUAGCUGGAGAAGCGCUUAAGGCCAACAUCACUACUUUAGGUCCUUUGGUUCUUCCUAUAAGCGAGCAGAUUCUGUUUUUCGCCACUUUGGUUGCGAAGAAGCUGUUUAAUGCUAAGAUGAAGCCUUACAUCCCUGAUUUCAAGCUUGCGUUUGAUCAUUUCUGUAUCCAUGCGGGUGGCAGAGCUGUGAUUGAUGAGCUUGAGAAGAAUCUGGAGCUUUCUGUAACACAUGUGGAGGCAUCGAGGAUGACGUUGCAUAGAUUUGGAAACACUUCGUCUAGCUCUAUCUGGUAUGAGCUGGCUUAUAUAGAGGCCAAAGGCAGGAUGAAGAAAGGGGACAGGGUUUGGCAGAUUGCUUUUGGAAGUGGGUUUAAGUGUAAUAGUGCGGUUUGGGUGGCACUGAACAACGUCAAGCCUUCGGUUAGUAGUCCAUGGGAACACUGCAUUGAUCGAUAUCCGGUUAAGCUUGACUACUAAUUUACUCAGAAAUCAAUUAUCUAUUGUCAUUGUGGUUAAUUAGUACUACUCUACUACUUCACUAUUGUCUGCCUUAUUUAUUGUUUUCUGUUCCUUUUUUUCAAUGGUUCAGUUGUUCUUUGUAGUUUGAAUGUGAUGCUUCUUUGAUUUUACACUCACGUUGUGUUGUGUUCUGUGGCAUCUCAAAACGACACCUUUUUGCA